GUGGAGCGGUCCUAUGGGAAUCCAGUAUUUAAGGAGAAAGAAGCAGACCGCAGAGAUGACUUUGCUGAAUCAAGUAAUGUGUUUAGAGGUAUGAUGGAUCAUCUGGAUAUAGCAUUCAAAGAAAAGAACCAGGCUAUGCGGAGGUUUGUUGAGAGUCAAGCAGAAUUUUCCAGAUGCCAGGAAAAGACAAUUAGACAAUGUAUAGAAGAAAUGAGAUGGGUCUUUGAAAAAGGCACUAGGGUGAUGCGAGAAACUGGGGACGAAAGUCGCAGACCACUACAGGCUGUUUCAGAACAAGUGGUUGAGCAAGUGCGACAGCCCAGACCUGAGAUCCCUCCUCCAAUCAUUGAGAUGCCCAGACAGAUUCAGGAAGCCCCAAUCCCAACACUCGGGGGGCAAGGGAAUCAGCCUCAUCCUAAUAUUCAACAGCAGCAUUUUGUCAUUGGUGAAGGGCAAAGACAACACCAAUUGAUGGAGGCUGUUACUCCUGUUGCAGACCAUGGCCAUCAACCUCAGCAUAAGUAUAUUCUGCCAGCUAGGAAGGGAAAUGUGGGUCCUCAUCAUCAACCUUGUCCAAUGGACUUUUUCCAGCCACAAAUUCCUCCAGCCCAGCCAGUACGGCGUGGUCUGCAAAAUCAACCAGUUCAAUUCUUCAAUAGAGACCAUGGGCCAGCCUUGAGGCCAUUGAAAAAGAUUGAUAAGGACACAUUGAGAUUUCCAGACAAAGCGAAGGAGACCAUGGGAGUGGAUGCAGAUCCUUUUCCAACUGUGUCUGUGGGCGUGAAUGUUGCAGACCUCAGGAGUGUUGCCAGAAAUUGCAGUCUGCCUUAUGCUCAAAGGAACCUUGCUGCAGAAGACUUAAGGUGGGUUCUUGAGGCGCAGAGAUCCAGACAGAGCAGGAGCGUCAGGUCAGACCAACAGAGGCUCGGGGGGCAAGAAAGGAUCACUGUGACUAGGAACUUCAAUCCAGAAGGUGCCAGACGUUAUUCAACUGGUACUAGAUCUACAAGGAUGGUCAAACCGCCACUCAGGUCACCUUCCAGACGAUGGGAGAAAAUCAGUCAUCCCAAGUUUCCAGCCCAGAACCCCAGAACCUUGAGGCGCAGACUGCAGCGCAAGAGGGCUGAAGAGCGAAAAAGACACCAGAAGCAGGUAGAGGCUGAGGGAAGUUCAUCUCGCAGACGACGCCAACCUACCAAAAGGAAUAUGGUCUGGGUGAGAAAAGAGAAAAAGGAGGCUGUAACUCAGACUCUACAGAAGCAGGAUGACCAAUCUCCAGCCUCUCCAAAG